UCUGCAUUCGGAACAAUAUGGAAUUGAACUGAUAGUAUUUCAGAGAAAGAAAAUUUUUAAUUAAAAUUGCUACGCUAUAGCUGGACGGCAAGUCACUGAUUUCAAUCGCGAAUUAAUUAUCAAAGUAAAUAGGUUUAAUUUCCCAAACUUUAUAAAAAGAUUUGUAUUAUAGCGGUUAUCGAAGAAAAUUAAAAUAUGAAUAAUUUGUGUGGUUUACGACUAUCCACUGUGGGUAUGGUGGUUGGCUGGCUAAAUUUGGUGGGAGGACUGUUGUCCACGAUUUUGCUAUCUAUAGGCCUUACGCGCCUAGAUGAUAUUGUGGACGCCAUCUAUAAAAGUAUUGGUCCUGACUCGGAUCUCGAUUCUGUUGAUAUACGCCUAAUUGUGCUUAUUGCAAUAAGCGUAUAUUUGACAACCAGUUUGGCCAAUGUGAUUGCCUCUAUGUUACUAAUCAUUGGCACUGUUAAGGAACGCCACCUACUAUUAGCUCCUUGGCUUAUCAACGCAUAUAUAUUUAUUUUCUUCAACGCCGUGAAUUUUGUAUAUAUGAUUUUUGUGAGCAUAUUUAAAGAUGUGCCCGUGGGUGUAGCUAUACCAACAUUACUAUAUACUGGCAUAAGCCUCGUUAUCCAAAUCGUUAUCUGGAAUGCGAUUUAUUCUCUGUAUAAGCAAAUACGUGCCAAUCGUGAUCAACAGCAGCGCUUGUUAACUGCGCCAACUACUUUGCCCGAUUACACUCGAUUACCUUACGAAGUUAAAUAAAUUAAAAGUGAUAUCGAAAAAGCACCCCAUAUCCAUUAUCAAUAUUUGUUUACAAUUUUUUUUAAAUAGAAGAAAAAAUCCCCGAAAAACAAAACGAUAGGUACAAAAUUUUCUAUUAA